AUGGACUUUUUUUCAAACGCCUUUGUCACACGGGACGUUGUCGACCCAAAAAACGUGGUCGUCAAGGACGGGAUCCACAUCCGCGAGAAUGCCCUCUCCAGCGAAGGUGCCACCCUUGCCCCUCCGCCUAUAUCCGGAACCUCUUCUUCUUCCUCCUCUGCCGACGGCGCAGGCGCUUCAGGAUCAGACGUCGUCAACUGUGAAGUUUGUGGAACCGUCGCAGCGAAAUACAAGUGCCCUGGAUGCUUCUGUCAGACCUGCUCGCUGGUCUGCUCGAAACAACAUAAACUCGACACCACCUGUUCUGGUGUCCGUUCUAGGACUCAUUUCGUGGAGCGGAAACAAUAUACCGAGCUGGAUAUGAUGAGUGAUUACAACUUUUUGGAAGAAGUCGGUCGGACGGUGGACAAUGCAGCCCGCGAGAACAUCAAACUCGAAGUCGGGAGUGGAACACAAACGAACCGGAAAAAGAUCUUUGGACCCAACGGUGUCGUCACCGUCGGCGGAAACAACCGUCGAGAUCGUCAAAACAACAACAGGAACAGGAAUCAGCAACAGGAUGAUGAGGAGGAAGACACAACGGCUGCAGGGUUGGCGAAGAAGGCUGCUCGGGAUUUGGAGCGAUUGGGAGCAGAGGGCAGUGGAUCUUAUAGGGACAAGCAGCUUAUCUUGCAGGCUAAGAAGCGCGGGACCCAUUUGAUCAUGAUGGCUGAUGGACUCAAGAAGCGGAAAGAGAACCAUACCAAUUGGAAAGAGAAGCUAGGCAAACUCAACUGGACAAUUGAAUGGCUGUUCCCAGAGAUCGACUCGACCAGAAGGAUACUGGAGCACAGGAACGAAGAUUCUCUGACACUGAAGUCCCUCUUGACAGCAACUCUUGCUAAGGACGAGAACAAGGACGUUGCGGCAACAUACACCGCCGACACUCUGGACCAAUGCCGUCUCUACUUUGUCAUCCCCCUUCGUCACGCGAAUCAACCAGGGUUGUACCCGCUUUCAAUGGCAGCCAGUUUGCAGGAGGCGCUCAAGUUCAAGAAAGUCUUGGAGUGCCCCACCAUCCUUGUUCUCGGACCAAGUACCAUCAGCAGCAGUGUCUCCGAAAUUCCUGCAGUUUUAGAGCAGGAUUCUAGCGCCCCAUCAUCAUCAUCACCAGCAGCAGCAGCAGCAGAGGCAGUGGCAGUGGCAGAGACGGAGACAAAAACGGAGCCAGCAACAACCGAAGCAACAGCUAGCACAGGAGCAGGAGCAGAAGCAGAAGCGGCAGAAGUUGCAUCCUCGUCGGAUGCACAUGCAGACAAGGACAAAUCCACAACUACGACGGCAGCAACAGUGACAGCGGUGCACCCACUCCCGACCGACCACACACACCCACUUCUGGAAAAGUACACCAUCGAAGAACCUCCAACCCAAUGGCCCAAGAAGCCUACUGCCCCCACAGCAGCAGCAGCAGCAGCAACAACAUCACCAACAGCCAACCAGAACAACAAGCGACCCAACGAGAAUACCAAGGCCGUUGCUGCUACGAACAAGAAGGCCAAGAUCGACAAUGAGGGCAAGGAGGAUAUAGAGAUGUCAGAGGAGGAUAGCGACGACAGCAGCGACGAGGAUUCGAGCGACGAUGACUCGAGUGACGAUGAUGCUUCGUCAGAUGAUUCUUCAGACUCGAACGACAAUGAAGAUGUCGCUGAAGGCGAGGGCGGCAAGGAAAGUGAAGGAGUCGCGGUGGCUGAGGAGGAUAACGAUGGUGGAGCCGAAGAUGUCAAUGAUGCAGAGCUCAAGAUUGGUCAAGCCAUCAUGGAGGCCUUCAACCAGGACUUCGGUGGUUCUGCCGCCGAAUAA